UGUAGUGUUUUAUGAAAUUAUAUUGAGCUAAAAGGUGAAAAAUCGUGAAAAAUUAAAAAAUAAUUGAAUAUAAUAAUGCCUGAAGAUGAAGGUAUUGAUAAAAGGAAAUCUCAUCGCGCUCGUCAAUCCGGCGUUAAGGCGGAGAAAAAGAAAUUGAAAGCUAAAAAAGAUUCAAAUGAAAAGGAACCCAAUUUGACGGCACGUCAAAGAAAUCCCAAAGCAUUUGCCAUUAAUUCGGCUCAAAGAGCUGAAAGAAAUUUUCGGCGUAAAGAAGAUAUAACAGCGAAAAAACAACAUAUACCGGUCGUAGAUCAAACUCCAGAUGAGCCACCACCAGUAUUAAUAGCUGUCGUGGGUCCACCAAAGGUGGGCAAAACCACUUUAAUUAAUAAUUUAAUCAAAACAUUCACCAAGACUAAUGUAAACGAUAUAAAAGGACCUAUAACCAUCGUCACUUCCAAGAAGAGACGCAUUACGCUUUUGGAAUGCAACAAUGAUAUCAAUUCCAUGAUUGAUGUGGCCAAGUGUGCCGACUUGGUGUUGCUCAUGUGUGAUGCCAGUUACGGUUUUGAAAUGGAAAUUUUUGAAUUCCUUAACAUUUGCCAGGUUCAUGGCAUGCCCAAGAUAAUGGGUGUCCUUACUCAUUUGGACAUGAUUAAAAAUCCCAAAGCAUUGAGAAAACGCAAGAAGGAACUUAAACAUCGUUUCUGGACAGAAGUUUAUGAUGGCGCCAAACUGUUUUAUCUUUCUGGUUUGCUUCAUGGUGAAUACUUAAGAAAUGAAGUAAAAAAUUUGGGUCGUUUUAUAUCGGUAAUGAAAUUUAGACCAUUGCAAUGGCGAGGAGCACACAGCUAUAUACUUGUAGAUCGUGUGGAAGAUAUAACAAAUACAGAUACCAUACGUCGUAACCCGAAAUGUGAUCGAGAUGUGGUAUUGUACGGUUAUGUCCGUGGUGUGCCUUUAAAACAGGAACAUAUGGUGCAUAUAGCCGGUUUGGGCGAUGCUCGCAUCAAUGAAUUGAGUGUUAUACCGGAUCCUUGUCCUUUGCCGGGCACUGAGAAAAAACGUACUCUGCUGGAAAAGGAACGUUUACUUUAUGCUCCCAUGUCUGGUGUGGGUGGUAUUGUUUACGACAAGGAUGCUGUGUAUAUAGAAUUGCAAGGAUCUCACAGCCAUAAAGAAAAGACUGCAGAGGCCACCGAACAAGAAGAAAUGGUGGGAAAACUUAUAGAAAAGAAACAGACAGUAGAUGAACAAAUCGAUGAGCAAGAAUUCCGAUUGUUUUCUGAUGGCCAGGCAAUUAAAUCAAAAGAUUAUGUGGAAGAUGAAGCGGAUGAUGAUAGUGAAGAGGAACUUGAAGGGGAUGAUUCUGGUGUCGAUGAUGAUGACAACGAUUCGGAUAAUAAUGAAAAAGGAGAAGAAUUCGAUGCAGAAGACUGGCGUAAUGAAGAUUCUGAAGGGGAAAGGAAAGAUGGUAGUAACUCCGAACAAGAUUCAUCAGAUGAUGAUGACUACCAAGACUUAGAAAAGAUUAGAAAAACGAAAAAGUCUAUACUAAAGCCUGAUAGUGAUGACAGUGAAGAUGAAAAUGCGAAUGCAGAAGAUGAUGAAGAUAGUGAUGAUGAUGACGCUGAUCAGGAAGCUAUUAUUGCAAACAGUCUGAGUUGGAAAGAAAAUCUUGCCCAAAAAGCCAGAGAUGCAUUUUUACAGCGUCAUUCUGAAUCAAAGAACUUAAUGCGUCUCGUUUAUGGAUGUUAUCUACAGAGCGAGCGCAAAAAGAAUGAUCAAGAUAUGGAUGAACAAGAGCCUGAAAAUUCAGAUGAUGAUGAUAUUGGUGGUCUAUUCACGGUGGCUGCUAAAAAACAAACUCAAAUGCAAAAAGAUAAAGACAUACGUGAUAAAGAAGAGUCUUGCUUUUUCCAAGAUAAUUUUGAAUCGACUAGGGAUUGGCUGGAGGACAGUAAUAAAGACUUGAUAAGAAACUGUUUUGUUACGGGUAAAUGGAAAGCUUCUGAAGAUGCAGAAAACCUCUUACGUCUAGAUGACAUGAGUGACGCAGAUAGUGAAGUGUAUGGCGACUUUGAAGAUUUGGAAACUGGUGAAAAACAGAGUGGUAAACCUGAAGAUGCAGAAGAAGAUUCUAGUAAAAAUGAAACAGAAGAAUCGUCUGAAAAUAGAAAACGUAAAAUAACUCGUGUGGAGGAAGAAAAUCUUACAAAAGCUGAAAUAAUGGCGAAAAAAUUGAAGCUAAAGGCUAAAUUUGAUGCUGAGUAUGAUAAUAGUGGAGAAAAGGUGGAGGAGGGCCGUAUUACUGGCGACCACGAUUACUACGAUAGUCUUAAAGCGGAGGCACAAAAACAAUCACAGCUGAAUAAAAGUGAAUUUGAAAAUCUGGACAACGACUUACGUAUACAAAUCGAAGGUCAUCGCGCAGGUUUAUACGUACGUUUGGGUUUCAAGGAUCUACCAGCUGAGUUUAUAGAAAAUUUCGAUCCCACGUACCCUGUGCUAAUUGGAGGUCUUAAUAUGUCUGAAGAAAACAUCGGUUAUGUUAACUGCAAAGUAAAGAAACAUAGAUGGUAUAAAAAGAUUUUGAAGUCAGCUGAUCCCAUUAUAAUAUCCAUGGGCUGGAGACGUUUUCAGACGGUAGCUGUGUAUGCCAAAGUGGAAGACAAUUUCCGCCAUCGCUUUUUGAAAUAUACCCCGGAACAUGUUACCUGCAGCAUGACGUUUUGGGGACCGAUUACCCCUCAAAAUACUGGCUUCUUGGCCUUGCAAACUGUGCGUCACGAUCAGGAAGAAUUAAAAAGAUUAGGUUUUCGUAUUGCGGCAACUGGAUGUGUUACGGAACUUGACAAAUCGUGCCAAAUUAUGAAGAAACUAAAAUUAGUAGGUCAUCCUUUUAAAAUCUACAAAAAGUCUGCAUUCAUUAAGGGCAUGUUCAACACCAGUUUGGAAGUUGCUAAAUUCGAAGGUGCUAAAAUUAAAACUGUGUCUGGUAUAAGAGGUCAAAUUAAAAAGUCCCAUCACACACCCGAAGGUUCAUACAGGGCCACAUUUGAGGACAAGAUAAUGUUAAGUGAUAUUGUAUUUUGUAGAACAUGGUUCCGUGUGGAUGUACACCGUUUCUAUGCUCCAGUUACUACUCUCUUACUGCCGCCAGAGCUAAAACUGCAAUGGCAAGGUAUGAAGACUGUGGGUCAAUUGAAACGAGAGCUUCAAAUUAAAAAUGAAGCUCAGCCUGAUAGCUUGUAUACUGAAAUCAAACGCACACAUAAAGUGUUUAAGCCUUUGGUCAUACCCAAAGCAUUACAACGCGCUCUGCCUUAUAAGGACAAGCCUAAAGCUGGUCCUUUAAAUCCUAAAGAGAAAGAAGAACGUGUUGCUGUCAUACGAUCACCACACGAACAGAAGGUUGCCAAGUUAAUGAACAUGAUUGAAACAAACUACCAAGAUAAACGCAACAAGGACAGACAUGACACCAAAGUACGCGUGAAGAAAUUCAAAUUGCAGAAAAAAGGUGAAGAACUUUCAAAAUUGAAGCGUCAAAAAGAGUUGCGUAAAAAAGUUUCCAGAGCUCUAAGUAAAAUGAAGGGUAAACCAAAAUAAUGAUUGUAAAGAAUCCCUGAACGUUUAGGUUACACGUUUGUCUUGUAUGUAAAUUAAGUUUGAAAUAUUUUAUGUAUAAAAUUAAUUUGUUUUAUAUUUUUGUAUAAGAAAAUAGAGAAUGAAUAUUAAAA